AUGGAAGAGAAAGAGGCUUCGAGCUCAAAGGACCCUACCUUAGGGCUAAUCUGGCAGGGCUUUAUUACAAAGCAUAAGAAUUACAAGAAGCAGGUAUCCUUAUUUGCCAUAACUUACAAAGGAAAAUCAGCUGUGAAGGAGAAGGUGCAAUUCUACCGCAGUACGAAAUUACUAACUCUCUACAAAGAAACUAUCCAAGGGGAAGGUGGAAAAGGGAGCUUCCUCCACUACAAAGAGAACCUUACGAAGAUAUCACUAACCGAAAAAGUCGGCCAACAACCAACUCUCUAUCCUUCCCGCCUGGAUUGGUCCCAUUGGGACGAGGAAAAGACCGAACGCCCUGUCCUAGGGGAUGAGAAAUCAAUCAAAGCUUGGGCUAAGACUGUCAGACCGCACCCCGACUUCAGCGAGACUAACUUUGGGACUUGGGAAGGUCACUGUGGCGAUCUCUGGGGCCUCCAGUAUAAGCUUCAGUACGAGGAUCUCUCUGCCAACUUUGGUCUCAUCGCUUUCCUACGAACCAUGACCUACGGAAUAAGGGAUGUUGUAGCUAUUGCACCUUUCAGCCUUGACCUCGAAACCCAUAUCCUCCGAGCCAAUAAAUGGGGGAAAGAGACCUUCUCGACCAAGCUCCUAAAAGAAGGCAUUCUGGUUACGAAGAACCGUCCUACAGUAAGCUUCUAA